UCGCUUCCUCUUUGAUUGUUAGCUACAUGGCGGUAACUCCGGCAGGGAUGGCGGUGGAUGUUCAGGCACGAUUUGGGCAUUCGGUGAAAGGACUGCUGACCGAAAAGGUGACCAACUGCGGGACGGAUAUAAUCGCUCUCACUAAACAGGUGCUCAAGGGCUCCCGAAGCGCUGAGUUCCUAGGACAAGCUGCCAGAAAUAUGGUGAUGCAAGAAGGUGCCAUUCUGCACUCUGAAGAUAGUUUAAGAAAAAUGGCUAUUAUAACUACUCACCUGCAGUACCAGCAAGAAGCUAUUCAAAAAAAUGUUGAACAAUCUUCAAAUUUGCGGGAUCAGCUGAGCCAUCUGUUGAAAUGAAGAGAAGAGUUUGUAAGAGGAGCUCAAGGAAGUUUACGUGGGAUCUCUCCAAACGUUUAUCCCCAUUACAGCUUUGGUACUCUCAGGAUGGGAUUAGAGUUUCCAUGGAUAAGGAUGGACUUGAACCUGGAUGACCCCAAACUGAGAGCAGUAACAUAACUGUGAGCAAGAGGCCGAUAAAAGUCCUUGGAGUGUUCUCUAGAAACUGAUAUCCUUGAAAACCACAUUCCUAAGUGUUUAUAUCUGUUUCUGGAUUUGUUUUGUCCAUAAUUCAAAUCAGAAAACCUGUAAACUAUUUCAGGAAAACAUGGGUAAAGGGCAGCAUGUUGAAAGUUGCUACAACUUUCUAAAACAAUACUGGUAGGAUGUACUGAUUUCAAAUAUGUAUGUAAUGCUCAUAACAUUUUGCUUUCUGGGCAAAUGUUAUGAGCAUUAAAUUUCAAGGCUGUUAUUGGGGAAAAAAACCCAGAAGUACCCUUCCCUCCAGGCACUGGACCAAACAGUUUCAUUCUCUGUCCUAUCCCAGUGCUUGGGGGAAUAACCAGGUCAUCACAGCCUUCCAGAAGGCUAAAAAGGUAAGGUAUGUUUGGAAUUUGAAUGACAAGCUGUGGGUUGUAUUCCAAAAACUGCGUGGGCAGUAAAAAGGGUGCUCAUGUCUUGAUUUCCAGAAUUUUGAAUCUCAUAGAGGUUCUCGACUGCAUAUAUUCUCCCUCUGUAUAUGGUGGAUGAUAAUGAUAGGAUUGCAAAAAUUUGGCAUUCAUACCCCCUUCCUUGUAGACAGCAUACCUAGGCAUGAUAAGUGGUCAAUUUCUUUUUGCUUUGAAUUGGGGUUUUGACUGCCAUUAUAAAGUAAAAUUUCCAGGAGUUUAAAAGUGAGGUAAGAGAGGUAGAAGAGUCUUGAAAAUUUCUUUGCAGAAAGACCUGGCGCUUGUAUUAAUGAUGAUUUAAAUGGCAAUCCUAAAAUUUACUGGACCAAAUAUUUAUUUCUGUACAAUUUUACUGGCACAGUACUAUUGGUUUUUAAUAUUGACAGCAGAGGGAGACAUGCUUCCAUGAUAACCAAAUUGGAGAAAGGAAACAACCAGCCCCAAUAGCAGCGAAGAGAACAGAACUUUAGGAUCUUUAAAAAAGUAUAUUUCUGUCAACAUAUUUGUGAGAUAAAUGCUGAAAAAAGUUAUCAAAACAUCCUGAGUAGAUUUUUAUUUAUUUACUUACUUAUUCAUUCAUCCACCAAAUUUGUACAGCUGCCUACCUCAUAAAAAGUACCCCUGGAUGACAUACAACAAAAAUAUAAUAAAAUAUUUAUUUAGCAGUAUAUAUCUUUUGAAAGUCAGUUUUGUGUAGUGGGUAAGGCAGAAACCAGGAGUCGAAUGUAUUAUAAGUGCAAUUUAAAAGGAUACUUGUGGCAUACAAGUUCUGUAUUAUUAGUGGAAAUCCUAACAAAAUUCAAAACAUAUGCAGAACUUCCAGAAUUUCAUUAUCAGUGUAUGUUUGGUUUGAUUUUAUCUAUGCUGGAAUAUUGGCUGCCAUUAUGAGAUUCAUGCUUGAAUUGUGCACCGUAAGAAUAUUUUGUCCAAAAUAAAUCUUGCAUAAGACAAAUCCAAUAAAAUAGUAAAUAAAAAUCUUAUGUACCAGUAAUAGCUCCAAGAUAAAGAAAUAUCAGAACAGGCCAACCAAAACUGUAUCAGUUACUGUAAAAUGCUUUGGCAAAUAAAAUCAGUUUUGAACUAGGAUCUUUUUAGAAAUGGCUAAACAAAUGGCCUCAGAGGAAGAAAAUGAACAGGACAACACAGUGCCCCCACCUCCCAGUUCUGGGAUCAUUCCAGGAUUCCAUUAUCAAUGAUAACAAAGGCCAUGGAGAGGUCAAGUAAAACAAUGGUGGACACACUACCUACAUCCUGUUCCCAUCAGAGAUCAACAAAAAGCAUAACCAAUACAAUUUUUGACCUGUAACCAGGCUUGAAUGCUGACUGAAAGGAGUCCAGAUAAUCUGUUUCAUCAAGGAUCUUCUGAAGCUGCAGCAUGACCACCUUCUCAACAACCUUCCCCAGAAAGGGAAGAUUAGAGAUAGGACAAAAAUUGUCUAUUAGCAUGGGAUCAAGCAAUGGCUUCUUAAGAAGGGCUGAACUACAGCCUCCUUAAAAGGGCUGGGGCAUCACCCCCUUAUCUAAAGAUACAUUAAUCGCCCAUACAUCACUUGCCAGGAGACUUUUACCAGCCUGGAGAAGGUGAGUCUAAAACAGAUGGAUGAGCUCACAUUCCCUAGAAUCCUACCACUUCCUCAGGAGCAACUGGUGAAAUCAUUGCCAGAUAACUAUACAAAGCCAUAGCCAUCCCUGGACCUGUGUCCACACUAAUAUCUAACAGGAAAUGAAUCCAGGUGGCUUUAUCUUCUAGAAAAUCAGCAGUUCCUCAGGGUGCCCCUGCAGAUAAACAUUCAAGUUACCUUUACCCAGAGGAACCAGGUCAUCUUAUAGAGGGUUC